UAUCAAUGUAGUUUAUAUAAAUUGGGCUUUAAAAGGUAGUGAAGGCCGAAAAGCCCCACAAUAGUAUGGGCCACGGCAAACUCGUUCGUCGACUCAGUGACUCAAUCACUCGCUCAAAACCCUAACUCUUAGCUCAAUACCCCUAGUAUAUAAUCUCUAAUAUCUCCAGUUGCCGAUAAACGGAGAGAGUAGAAAGAGGACACAGAGAAGCGUAUCAAUGGUGUCCUUGAAGCUGCAGAAGCGGCUUUCCGCUAGCGUCCUCAAGUGUGGCAAGAAGAAGGUCUGGCUCGACCCUAAUGAAGUCAGCGAAAUCUCCAUGGCCAACUCCAGGCAAAAUGUUAGGAAGCUUGUUAAGGAUGGUUUCAUUCUUAGGAAGCCAACCAAUAUUCACUCUCGAUCUCGCGCUCGCAGAAUGAAGGAGGCCAAGAGGAAGGGUCGUCAUUCUGGAUAUGGUAAGCGUAAGGGUACCAGAGAGGCUAGGCUCCCCACUAAAAUCCUAUGGAUGAGGAGAAUGCGUGUACUUAGGCGUUUGCUUCGCAAGUACCGUGAGUCGAAGAAAAUUGACAAGCACAUGUACCAUGACAUGUACAUGAAGGUUAAGGGUAAUGUCUUUAAGAACAAGAGAGUGCUCAUGGAGAGUAUUCACAAAUCUAAGGCUGAGAAGGCCAGAGAAAAGACUUUGUCUGACCAAUUUGAGGCUAAGCGUGCUAAGAACAAGGCAAGCAGGGAGAGAAAGCUUGCCCGUCGUGAGGAGCGGUUUGCACAGGGACCUGGAGAAAAGGCACCUGCUGCACCCACACCUGCACCCCAACAAACAGAGGUUUCCAAGAAAACCAAGAAGUGAUUAGUGAAAGUCACCCAAAACGCCCUUGAAUUUUGUCAGUAGAAGUUUUCUUUUUAUUUACUAGUUUAUUUUCAUGUAAACCAUUAAACUUAAUGAGGUCUGGUAAUUUUGUUUUUGUUCUCCCAUUUGCUGGAUUAUGUGUUCUUGAUAUUUUAAGAAUUAUAUGGAUUCUUCAUUUGUUUAUUGA